AUGAGCGGGUCCUUUUUCCAGAAAACUAACUCCGAACCUUUAACGGAUGUCUCGAGUCACUCAAGCAUUAGAAACUCGCAUUCGACGUCUCGAAGCAGCUUCCAAAAGCAUUUCCAGUCGAUGAACCCAAGCCCGAGCUUUUUCAGCGGAGCGUCCCCGAAGUUUGGUAAGAUUCCACGUAAUUCAAGCGUGGGUGCGCCCUUUUCUACCAUGAAUAGUCUCCAUGAAAGCUGUGAAAACGAUCGAGAUAGUUCUCGAAGUGGCAUUUACGUGAAAAACAGGCCCCGCGUUGCUUCAAAAGGCGUCAGGGCUUCGGGGCUUACAUGCAGACUUCAAGUUAACAAGGAACUUUCGAGCGUUGACAAGAUCAAUGAUCCAGCUGCACAGCGAAUUGUAGUGGCGGGUAAAAUGCAUUUGGGAGUCUACCACUUUCGAGAAGACGACUGCUCUCUGAGGCUGGUACAUGAUUUUGUGAACACGAACGGAUCAUUGCAUGGCAAAAAGCCUAGCCAAUUGAAAAGAUCCGCUGCUCACAAGAUAAGUACAAUUUCAGAUGUGAAGACUGGUUUUAGUGACCGUAAGAAUUUCAUAGCCAUAUGCGGAACUUCGACUUCCAUUUCGAUCUACGACAUCAACAAGAUGCAAACAGCGGAAAGUCCCAUAUACUCCAUACUGUCCGAGCAUGCACGCUCGAUAAACAGUAUUGACUUUAAUAUGACCCAGAACAAUCUUUUGGUAAGCAGCGGCCAAGAUGGGUUCAUCAAAGUUUGGGAUCUGCGCUCUCAACAAUCCAAGAAGAACAAGAGCGAUUUGAGCAUCAACACGGGCUCAGAUGCAGUGCGAGAUGUCAAAUGGAUGCCCAGUUACGAUUUCUCCUCUUUUGAAGAAAGUGCUGAUGUUUCAAAUAGAAGUCACAAACUCGCUUCUAUACACGAUUCUGGUUUACUGUUGACCUUUGACAUUCGUCAACCCUCUCAAACGGAAUGGAAAAUAAAUGCACAUUCCGGUCCAGGAUUGUGUUUGAACUGGCAUCCGAAUCUAGAUUUCAUUAUGACCGGAGGGCGAGACGGCAAAUGUUGCGGAUGGAAUGUGGGCGACAGGUCUUUCAACAUGAUGAGCAAUAUGAACCAAGGUAGCAUAUUGACCCCAGGAUUUUCAAUCAGCUCAGCAGCUACGUCAACAAUUUUCCCAGAUAUUGUCAUUAAUACUGGUCAUCCGUUGACCAAGCUCAAAAUUCGUCCGAAGGCCGAGAAAGAUCCCUUUAACUCUCUGGUCGCAACAUCGUCUCUUGGUGAAGACUCUGAUGUAUCAGUUUAUGCCUUGUCUCGCGAAUUUAUUCCGAAACAUGUUCUGUUAACAUCAGCACCGUCGUGUGGGUUUGUAUGGUGGAACAGCAACACCAUUUUCGAUAUAGACAGGCAAAAUGCUAUUACAGGAUGGCAGCUUGAUAAGGAACCUACUCUGCUUGAAAAUCUGCCCAAAAAUGUAGUGAAAUGGAGGGACAUCGAAGGUGAUGGACUACUCUUCCUAGGGCAGACGAAAGGUCACUACGAAAGCGCAUUUCAUGAAGAAGUGACCCCUUCUUACGUGACGAAAAGCCCACAAGCCCGCUUAAAUUCUUCUACAAUGGGUAGCAUUUUCGGAAAUGGACUGGGCAAAAGUCAUGGUUCCAGCUCUAAUUUGUUUUCUGCGCAUAACACUGUUGACAGUGAACGUUUUCCCUCCAUAAGGGGAGUGACAGGUUCUUUCAGCAAAAAGGCAAAUGGACAAACAGUUGGGCCCGGCUCACACCAUAACUCAGUCGUAUCAGCCAAUUUUUCCACACGCUCUGAAGUUCCUCCACUCGAGGUCAGAAAAUCGCCCGUAUUGGUUUCGCUCGAUCUCCCUCAGGUUUUAAACAGCAUUCGCACUUCGAACUUGAGAAUCAAUAAAAUAAACAGCAAAUUUGAAGAAGUUGCCAUUCUCAGAGAAUCACCAGUCGAGGUAUUUAAAUUUCUGGCUCGAGAACUUAAAUUCUCUUACAUGCAGGAAAGGACGAGGUCUGAUACAAAGGCUGGUGCUGAUACGAACGCAAGUAUGAGCGAAAAGGAGUUCAAAAGUGUGCUUAUGGACAAAAUCGGUUUCACAGAACACAAUACAUGGUCGAAAUUCAUGCGGAGCGAGUCGCAUUCAGUUUCAGCAAAUUUAGAGUCACAGAUUGAAACGGAGAGCGUUGGCGAAUCCUGUCAUGAUCCUGUAAUUGAAGACACAGCUUCCUCUUCUCCCAAAGUCACUAUGCCGUCCACCAAAGCAGACUGGGAAGAGUUAGAUGUUCGGAAGAAGCUUGACCAUCUGAUUGAACUAAUCUCUAUGUGUGAUCAUAAUGCGGGCACAUAUGCAUACGUCGAAGAUAUGAUGAACUACAAAGUCUGGGUAUUAAUACGCGACUCUUUGGUAUGGAAUUUGAAACAGUUGGCCAAAGUUGGUGCUGGUGGUGAAAUCGAGGAUUCGAGAGUCUUACGUCAUGGCGACGGAACUAUCGUUAGGAAGGAUGGCAAACGUCAAGAUUCUAUGACUUCCGAAUAUAGCAGCUUUAGUGUAAGUGAGCUGGGCUCAUCUCUAGAUACCGCAACUCCGCCGAAAAUGAUCUCCUCUUUAUUGAGCGGCCGCUCCAGCAAUAGGGAAUCCUCAAGUAAUUUAAAGGGCAUGCUACGAGGAGACGCAAAAGAGGUCGGACAUAGUACUGGAGCUGCCGAAACGCACCAAGUAGAUCGGGUAUCCAAAGUUUCAAAUGGUUCAAACCCCAAAUUGGCUGAACUUAGGAGGGAGAAGUCACUGCGACUCAGUGAAGAUGAAAGCGCCAUUGAUGACGAUGAUGAUGGGAGCGCACAGGCACCCACUCUUGAGAGCUAUAACCCGCCUCAAGGUAGCGCUGUGGGUGAACGAAAGUCCUCAUAUGCUUCAGAAACUCAGAGAAGGAUUUCUUUUAUCGAUAAUUUCCUGACAAACAUGAGGUCACCAAAAAGGCAUUCGGAGGCUUGCAGCAGCGACAACAAAUUAAAUUCCGUGAGCAGUAAGAGGUCCUCUCAACUCAGCCAUGGAUUCUCUCCUUCGGGCAAAGGGAGUCUUGAUCUCAGCUCCAAAACGGGCCGCAGAAGUUCUCGAGAAAACUUUAGUCCUCUUCUUGAAAGCCCGACCGAUUUCGAGGGUCUCGCUGCGGCAGGAGCGACUUUGAACACGAAUAAUCUGAAGCAUACGUCUCAAAUUGCAGCCAUGUUCAAAAAUGCUAGUCGGAAGAUGCCUCAGAAGAUGGAUGUUCCAUGGUCAGCAGCCACUGUCAUACAGCAAAUUUACCGGCAAUCUGUGGAAGCUGGUAACAUCUUACUUACUGUUAGCAUACUCAUGCUAUUUCAAACAACGUUUCAUAUAACGUCGGCCACUGUUGUGAAGGAGACCUUGGCGGAAUUCAUAAGCAUACUUCACAGAUACGAGCUUUUCGAAAUCACCGCCGACUUAAUUAAGUACUCUCCCUGGGAAGAUAUAUCCGGGUUGGCAGGAGGACAGUCCAGCGUGCGGCUUUACUGCGAACGUUGUAAGAAAUUGAUUGUGAACGAGCGAUCCAAAGAAAGGUUCACCGAAGAAUGGCAGAAGACCGGUAAUAAAACUGUAAUGCAUAAAUUCGGUUAUUGGUAUUGUGAUAACUGCCGCAAACCCAGCACUCUAUGUGUAGUCUGCGAACGACCCGUGAAAAAAAUGACUAUCUGUUCAUUGAAUUGUGGUCAUCUGGGACAUUUCAGCUGCUUCCAAGAUUGGUUUAUCAAAGAGAACCUAAACGUUUGUCCAUGUGGCUGUGAGGGAGAGUUGUUCCGGCGUACCCAAGACUAG